UCAGGUGGCCGAUCGUCAAAAGUGCCAGAGUCGGUGCAUAAACUAAGACCGGGUGAUAUCGAUGUCAUUGCCACGAUGGGCGAUUCUCUUAUGGCUGGAGCUGGAAUCUUUGCAGACAAUCUGUUCCAGAUUCUCAUAGAAAAUAGAGGAGUUACCGUGACUGGCGGAGGCCAAGGCACGUGGAGACAAUAUCUAACUCUUCCCAAUAUCAUUAAAGAAUUCAACCCCAAUUUGAUAGGAUAUGCAUUGGGAGACUCUUUGACAACUGACAAGGCAUCGCAAUUGAAUGUUGCCGAAAGUGGAGCUAUGUCCGCGGAUAUGGUUUACAUGGCGGAUAUGUUAGUCAAGAAAAUUAAAAAUGAUCCAAGGAUAGAUCUGCAGAAACAUUGGAAGUUCAUCUCUCUGAUGAUCGGAAGCAAUGACUUUUGCAGUAAAAUAUGUUGGAUUCCAUCACCUUGGUCAGUUCUUGAAACACAUAAAACUGAUCUACUCCAAGCUUUGCGGACGUUAAGAGAUAAUUUGCCGCGAACCUUCGUGGCAUUGCUUCCACCACCACAUUUAAAGGCUAUGGUUGAGAUACGUGAAGAAAAACCAUCGCUUAAUUGUUUCCUCGGAACGAAGUUCGUGUGUUCUUGCAUGUUUGGUCUCACAUCUUGGCGUUUUAGAUCUAUGUAUUACGACAUUAUACAACAGUGGCAGAAGUUAGAUAUGGAAAUCGCAACUUAUUCAGAAUUCCAAAGAGAUGACUUUACAGUCGUAACUCAGCCUAUCCUGGUGAAUUUCAGUAUUCCAUUUGCUUCAAAUGGGUAUACCGAUAUGACAUAUUUAAGUAGCGAUUGUCUUCACGUUAGUCAAAAGACCAACGCUUUUU